AUGCCCAGGGAAGACAGGGCAACCUGGAAGUCCAACUACUUCCUUAAGAUCAUCCAACUUCUGGAUGAUUAUCCAAAAUGCUUCAUUGUGGGAGCAGACAACGCGGGCUCCAAGCAGAUGCAGCAGAUCCACAUGUCCCUCUGCUGGAAGGCUGUGGUGCUGAUGGGCAAGAACACGAUGAUGCGCAAGGCCAUACGAGGGCAUCUGGAAAAUAACCCAACUUUGGAGAAACUGUUGCCUCAUAUCCGGGGUAACGUGGGCUUCGUGUUCAGCAAGGAGGACCUCACUGAGAUCAGGGACAUGCUGCUGGCCAAGAAGGUGCCAGCUGCUGCCCGUGCUGGUGCCAUAGCGCCAUGCGAAGUCAUAGUGCUGGCCCAGAACACUAGUCUGGGGCCCGAGAAGAUCUCCUUCCAGGUUUUGGGCAUCACUACUAUGACCUCCAGGGGCACCAUUGAAAUGCUGAGCGAUGGUGUCCGCAAUGUUGCCAGUGUAUGCCUGCAGAUUGGUUACCCAACUGUUGCAUCUGUACCCCAUUCUAACAUCAGUGGGCACAAGUGGGUCGUGGCUUUGUCUGUGGAGACUGAUUACACCUUCCCACUUGCUGAAAAGGUCAAGGCCUUCUUGGCUGAUCCAUCUGCAUUUGUGGCUGCUGCCCCCGGGGCUGCCCCUGCGGCCACCGCAGCCCCAGCCAAGGUUGAAGCAAAGGAGGAUAUGGGAUUCGGUCUCUUUGAAUAA